ACGAUCAAUUUAAUCACUCCAUUUCCAGUUUGAGCUAAUAAACUAGCAAUCUGCACUGAGCGUACGUACGUCCUUGCUGCUCACUAUCAUGAACAAACAGUAGCUAAGCUAGCUAUAGCUACGUUUUUGUUCAUAUGCUGUUGUUGCUGCCGGCUGCUUGGCCGCGGGGAAGCAUGGCGGCGGCGAUGGCGUUCCUCGCGGUGGUCUGCGCGGCGGCGAUGGCGGCGGUGAGCGGAGCGGAGGAGGUGUACGAGUUCGGCUCCGGCGCGUCGUUCAUCUUCGGGGACUCGCUCGUCGACGCCGGCAACAACAACUACAUCCCCUCGCUGUCCAAGGCCAACAUGACGCCCAACGGCAUCGACUUCGCCGCCUCCGGCGGCAUGCCCACCGGCCGCUUCACCAACGGCCGGACCAUCGCCGACAUCAUCGGAGAAAUGUUGGGCCAGACGGACUACUCGCCGCCGUUCCUCGCCCCGAACACGACCGGCGGCGCGCUGCUCAACGGCGUCAACUACGCGUCAGGAGGCGCCGGGAUUCUCAACGGCACAGGAAGAAUCUUUGUGAACAGGAUCGGAAUGGAUCUUCAGGUGGAUUACUUCAACAUCACGAGGAAGCAGCUGGACGAUCUCCUGGGGAAGGCGAAGGCGAAGGAGUUCUUGAAGAAGAAGGCCAUCUUCUCCAUCACCGUCGGGUCCAACGACUUCCUCAACAACUACCUCAUGCCCGUCCUCUCCGCCGGGACCCGUGUCGCCGAGUCGCCCGACGGCUUCAUCAACGACCUCAUCAUCCACCUCCGGGAGCAGCUCACGAGGCUGUACACGCUGGACGCGAGGAAGUUCGUGGUGGCGAACGUGGGGCCGCUGGGGUGCAUCCCGUACCAGAAGACGAUCAACCGCGUCGGCGAGAACGAGUGCGUGAAGCUGCCCAACCAGCUCGCCUCGCAGUACAACGGCCGCCUCCGGGAGCUCCUCAUCCAGCUCAACGGCGACCUCGCCGGCGCCAAGUUCUGCCUCGCCAACGUCUACGACCUCGUCAUGGACGUCAUCACCAACUACGACUCCUACGGGUUCGAGACGGCGAGCAUGGCGUGCUGCGGGAACGGCGGGACGUACGACGGGAUGGUGCCGUGCGGGCCGGCGUCGAGCAUGUGCGGCGACCGGAAGAGCCACGUGUUCUGGGACCCGUACCACCCCAGCGAGGCGGCGAACCUGGUGAUGGCCAAGUACAUCGUCGACGGCGACAGCAAGUACAUCUCGCCGAUGAACCUCCGCAAGCUGUUCUCCCUCUAGCCUUACUAGCACUCCAUUGUUAAUUACCGCGAUUGAUGUCGAGCUUGCAUUUUGAUUCGCAUGUGUAAUUGUAUCUGAUGCUUUUGGUGUUUUUGCACGCGAAUUGCGAGAUUUGGCAUGCAAUUUGCAGUGUGUAAAUGUUCAAUUCAGUGACAGAUUGCAGGUUUGCAUAUAUGAUUUUUCGGGUUUUAAUUUUUAAAA